AUGCCUCCCGCAGGUACACAACCUCGAAAGCCUGAACAAUCUGCAGCAAACAAGGACCAGAACGAGUAUAUCCCAGCUUUUAUUGCAAAGAAGCCAUUUUAUAUCGGCGACGAUGAUAAUAACGAUUACCUCGAGCAUCAGCGUCUUCAAAAAGCCCAAUUAGAUCAGUCAAAAUGGUAUGAUCGUGGAAAGAAACUGGGUCCUGCAGCCACCAAAUUUCGGAAAGGCGCAUGCGAAAAUUGCGGAGCAAUGACACACAAGGCGAAGGAUUGCUUGAACAGACCUAGAGCGAAAGGCGCCAAAUGGACCGGAAAGGAUAUACAGGCAGAUGAAGUUAUACAGGACGUUGAUUUGGGAUGGGAUGCGAAGAGAGAUCGAUGGAAUGGAUACGAUGCGAAGGAGUACAAGGCCGUCACGGAUGAAUAUGCGCAGCUAGAAGAACUGAAGAAGCAAUUACAGAGUGGUCAAAGCAAAGAUGGAGAAGAAGCUGAUGAGGAUGGCGAUGAUGAUGGCGCAAAAUACGCCGAGGAAUCAGAUAUGGGCAGACAUCAAAGUACAUCGACAAGGCAGCUGAGAAUACGCGAGGACACGGCAAAAUAUCUAUUGAAUUUGGACCUAGACUCGGCGAAGUACGACCCAAAGACUAGAUCUAUGGUGGACAGUGGAGCGACUGCUGAUACGGCUGCGGCGCUGGUUGCGGAAGAAGGAUUUUUGAAAGCUUCUGGGGAUGCCGCCGAGUUUGAAAAGGCACAGAAGUACGCCUGGGAGUCUCAGGAAAAGGCUGGUGACACAAAGCAACAUUUACAAGCCAACCCUACAUCUGGCGAGUACUAUAGAAGAAAGGAGAAGGAAGAGGCCGAGGCCAAACGACAGGCGCAUAAGAAAAUGCUUUUGGAGAAAUAUGGUGGAGACAGCAAUCCUAUGGCUGCAAAGCUUAGGGAUGCAGCCGUUAUGGAGUCUGAGAAAUAUGUGGAAUAUGAUGAGACUGGUAGAAUCAAGGGAGCACCAAAGGCCUCUGCGAAGUCUAAAUAUCCUGAGGACAUUUUCCCCAACAAUCACACAUCUGUGUGGGGAAGUUGGUGGUCUAACUUCAAAUGGGGUUAUUCUUGUUGUCAUUCGCUGGUCAAGAACAGUUACUGUGUCGGAGAAGCAGGUAAAAGUGCUUUUCAAGAUGCAGAGCGUGCUCGAAUAGGAGGUAUCCUAAUGGAUGAGGACACAGAAGAGGCCGAACCAGCAAAGAGUGAGGUGGAAAAGCCUUCCGCUAUCACACAACAGACGAAGAAACGCACCGCGGAAGAGAUGCACUCCGGUGUUUCUGAGGAGGAUAUGGAUGCAUGGAAGAAGAAGCGUAUAGCAGCCGACGAUCCAAUGAAUGCUUUCAUAGGGAAAGACGAAUUAGUAUGA